CUGUCUGGUCCAUUGUCCGUAAAAAAUGACCAAUUAAAUUAUUUUACAAGACGAUCUUUAUAAAACAGACGUUUCGCAAAGAGUCUGGUUAAGCAACAUGGCCGCUACAGCUACAUAUGUGUAUUUACUGUAAAUAUUUAUCAUCAGACCGUUAAGAUUCAUUGUUGUGUCAAAUCCUUUACAAGCCAGGUGUGUUCAGUCGCAAUUUUUAACCGACCGCCAAAAGAAAGGGUGUUCUGUUAUUAAGUUUUAAUACUCGUGUCAAAGUGAAGUUUGUGUUGAUAAUUAUCAAAAUGGUUGUGUUGACGUCGAAAGAGAAGUCAAAUAUGUCUGUCGCUGAUUUUUACGCGGGAAAAAGUGUUUUUAUUACUGGUGGAACCGGGUUUCUGGGGAAGGUAUUUAUUGAGAAACUGCUGUACAGCUGCCCAGACAUCGACAAAAUCUACAUGCUGAUCAGGGAGAAGAAGGGUCAAUCUAUUCGAGAGAGGAUGACGAAAAUUGUGGCUGAUCCGCUCUUCAAUAGAUUAAAAGAUAAGAGGCCAGGUGAUCUGGACAAAAUAGUACUAGUACCCGGAGAUAUAACUGUUCCUGGAUUGGGAAUAUCAGAAGAAAACGAAACCAUAUUGACAGAUAAGGUAUCAGUGGUCAUCCAUUCAGCAGCCACAGUGAAAUUCAACGAGCCUCUAGCGACUGCGUGGAAUAUCAACGUGGAAGGCACGAAAAUGAUCAUGGCUUUGAGUCGCAGGAUGAAGAGGAUUGAGGUCUUCAUCCACAUAUCGACAGCAUACACGAAUACAAAUAGAGCAGUCAUCGAUGAAGUCCUGUACCCUCCACCAGCAGACAUCAACGAGGUGCAUCAGCACGUCAAAAAUGGGGUCACUGAAGAGGAAACAGAGAAGAUACUAAAUGGACGUCCAAAUACGUACACCUUCACGAAGGCAUUGACAGAACAUCUCGUGGCUGAAAACCAAGCCUACAUGCCCACUAUCAUUGUCAGACCUUCUAUUGUGGGUGCAAUCAAGGAUGACCCCAUAAGAGGCUGGCUGUCCAACUGGUACGGAGCGACUGGCCUCACGGUGUUCACCGCCAAGGGUCUGAACCGCGUCAUCCAUGGACACCCUAAUCACAUUGUGGACCUUAUCCCAGUAGACUAUGUCGCUAAUUUGGUGAUUGUGGCUGGAGCUAAGACUUAUCAUUCGAAUGAAGUGUCAAUCUACAAUUGCUGCAGCAGUUCCUGUAACCCCAUCACUAUGAAGCGGCUCGUCGGUCUGUUUAUAGACGAUGCUGUAAAACAUAAGUCUUAUGUAAUGCCGCUGCCUGGUUGGUAUGUGUACAGUAACUACAGGUGGCUGGUGUUUCUGAUCACAUUGAUAUUCCAGGUGAUACCAGCGUUUUUAGGUGACAUAGGGCGACGCCUGUUGGGGAAAAGUCCUCGGUACUAUAAGCUGCAGAACUUGGUCGCGCAAACGCAGGAAGCUGUGCACUUCUUCACUUCUCACACGUGGGAGAUCAAAUCGAAAAGGACGCGAGAACUAUUCUCGUCUCUUUCUCUCAUAGAUCAACGCAUGUUUCCAUGUGACGCAAACAGAAUAGGUUGGACUGACUACAUUACUGAUUAUUCCUCAGGUGUACGUAAGUUUUUGGAGAAGAAAAAAUAAUGUUUUUUUUAAAAAAUAAUAAUAUUGCUUUAAAUAAAUUAGAUUUAAUGCAUUACGCAAAUACUGGUUUGAUGAAAUGACUCGUAGUGACUUCAAUUGUCGCAUACGAUUUUAUAAGCCCAAGCGUGGUUUGAAAGUAGUCGAGUAAUUUCGCUUCAUGAGUAAAUCGUAUAAUAAUAAAAUAUGUGGCUUUACCCUUUCGAUAGAGAAAAUGCUGUUUUAGAUUGUAUUGUAUUGUAUUUAAGGUAAAAAAUUUAAUGGAUUAUGUCAUUUUAAUUUUAAGAAUUUAGGUAAUUGAGGAUUAAAAAUGUAUUUUAAUUUUAAGGCAAUGUAUUAAAUAAUGUUUGACUAUAAAUUAAAUUGUUUUAAGGAAAAUAAUAACCUAUACACUCCGGUUUACCUAAGAUUUCGUGUCGUUGAAAAUAACAUUUUGUACUUUAGAUAUCUUCCCUGUAUUAAUUAUUAUGUUAUCGGCUUACUCACGUAAUUGUUUGAAGAGGAAUUCGACUUGAUUGAAGCCAUGCUAGAGGUUGGAGGUAGAGGUUUGAUUUCCUCGUCAAAUAUAUAGUUAUGUGGGUAAGUCAAUAACAAAA